AGGGCUGAGGGCGAGGAAAUUGCGUGCGACGUUAUCUUACACGAGUUGUGCAGGGUGAGGGUGACUGGCAUGCACUACGAGGCACGCGUCCAGUGCGUCCGCGACUGGCACGCCGAGCGCAAAGUUUGGAUGAGUAAGGCUGAUUGUCGGGAUACGCUCAUGGCACCGUGGCAGUACCUGCAGAACCCUCCUCAGUACGUCGGGGAAGACAAGGCGUGCUUUCUUGCGAUGGUCAUAUGGUGGACAUCCCCCGAGUACGCCCGGAAGCACGAGGAGGGCAAGCUGAAGCGUUUAGAGAUGGGAGGUGGAUCACAUGUCCUGGGCAGCAAGAACUUGGCCCUUACCUUGCAGCAAGAGGCGGAGAUGGAAGAAAGGGAACGGAGGCACCAAGAGGAGCAGAUGCAGAUGCAGCAGCAGCUUAGGGAGAACAUGCAGAUGCAGCAGCAGAUGUUGCAGCAGAUGCAACAAUAG